GCCAGUUGCCACCCAAACUGAACCAUCCAUUACUUGUGCCUUUCUAAAAAAAAGCUCUGAAUUUCUUCACCAUUAGCUAGCAAGGUGGGAAAUAAAAAAGAAAAAUGAAAAGAAGAAGCUCCACGAUGAAAAGGUCGAAUUCUUCAUCGCCCAUAGAAUUCCCAACUUUGGCUGAGGCAACAGGUGGAAAUCAAGAGAUAAGUCAUUACAGCCACUCCAAACACCCCUUAACCGAAAUAAGUACGCCCGAAAUAUUCAGGUGCAGUGGUUGCAAGGAGUAUGGGGCCGGCAAGAGGUUUUCCUGCCGCCACUGCGACUUUCAGCUACACGUCUUUUGUGCCUUGUCUCCUCCCAUCUUCAAUAACCAUCCUCUGCACGCCCAACAUCAGCUUGUUUUCCAUUCUAAACCCAGAUCAGCAAAGGGUGGAAUGUCGUGGACGAGGUGCGAUGUGUGUGGAAAGUCGGUCAAAGGCUUCACCUUGCGGUGCGGAGUAUGCAGCUUCACGAUGCACCCGUGCUGCGCCAUGUUGUCCCCUCACAUAAAUGUAGCAGUCCACCCCCACACCCUAACCCUACUGCCCACAUCAUCAGAUUCACACUAUUACUACUGCACUUGCAAUGAGUGCGGUGGUAAGAGGAAAUCUAGCCGUGUGUACCGCUGCACGACUUGCGAGGAUAAUGAGUCUUCUUACUAUCUUCAUGCAGCCUGCGCUAAGUCUUUCAUUAACGGCCUUCAGGACAAUGGGAUUUUACCAACACCCGAGAGGCCGAGCGCGCUUGGGACUGCAGCCCGCUUGGCUUCGCAAGUUGUGAUUGAGUUCAUAGGAGGAUUGUUUGAAGGGAUUGGGGAAGGUGUGGCUGAAGCUUUGCUACAGAAUAUGAUGCCAAGGGGAAGAAGGCAACUUCACCGAAACUGAUUUUAGACUCUAAUGUUUUGCAUUUUUAUUUCUCAUCUAUUUAUCUAUGAACCAAACCUUAAUUAGCUUUUGGAUAUUGUUUUGCAUUUUUAUUUCUCAUCUAUUUAUCUAUGAA